GUUCGCGAGGAAAUAUAUAACACCUUAACACUGAAACAUAAUGGUUAAGUUAUUAAAGGAAUUGUAAUUGAAAAGAUGCAGUGUUUGACCGGUGCCCUAUUCCUCUUGCUAUGCACUUCCGCUGCAAGGGGCUGGUUGAAGGACCUCGACCCCUACAAGAACCUCAUCACAGUCAUACACAACUUCUACAGGAGUUAUGAGACACGGGCGGCGGACAUGAAAGAAAUGAAAUGGGACGAUGGCUUACAACGGAAAGCUGAAAUGUGGUCGGAGAACUGUUACUUCGACCACCAGCGUGACGGUCUUGGGGAGAACCUGGCGUUUGUGGUCACCGGCGGUCCUGAUAUGCAAGACCUGGACAUCAUUGUCCACUCAUGUAGGGGCUGGUGGAACGAAGUCUACAACUGGACAUGGUCAACCGCUUGUGUACGCGCUUGUCAUUAUACACAGAUGAUCUGGGGGAAAACUGAGAGGCUUGGGUGUUCUCUAAGCAAGUGUCCACAGAUGCAGGUUGACACCGGAAAAAACAUGGACGAUAUCGACUUUUUCGUCUGCUUUUACGAUCCCCCAGGCAACUCUAUUGGAAAAUAUCCUUACACAUUGGGUGAGCCAUGCUCGCAUUGUGACCGUUUGGACGAAUGCCACGGGGGUCUUUGUAAAAGUCCUUCAUUGAACAACAGCAACUCCUCCCCUACCACAAACACCCAACCACAAUCAGAGGCGACACUUACAGAUUCAGCUAUGACUGACGCCAAUGUUUACACACCUUCAAGAGCUGCCCCUUCGCAGGAGCUCAACGUAGUUCAUAAAUAUCUUUAAUAAUGGGGCACCUUAACAUUUUCUCUUACUGCGCCCAAGGCCAGGUAAUUCUGAUAUGCGAUAAUUUGUGCGUUUGUUCCAACAUCAUGUUAACAAGAUAUACGACCGAUGUUUGCUUUAAAUGAUCUAUAGUAACAAUCUGUGGUUAUUUUGUCAUGACGAAAGGCAUGCAAAAGUGAAUACUUUGAAUAUUUGUCACCGAUAAUCAUGACAGAAAAUGGCUAUAUUUGUCGGAACAGAGCGUGCAUUAGCAUUAGCUUGACAGAGCAAAUCGCUCAAUAUAUUGUUGAUCGUCGCGCUGUUGUAUCAUUUUCGUGCAGUGUCUUUUCCUUUAACCCUAGGUCUAUUUUGAGGUUUGCGGCACAGUUAUUGUGAUUACUGGGAUCUAGUGUACCGUUCUGUGGCAUAGCAAGUUACACAUCGUUAUACAUUUGUUUUUAUUUUAUUUUUAUCCAGAAAUAAAUAUACAUCAUA